AUGUCACUAUCAAACUUUUCCAGUCUAAUUCUCAACGAUUUACCAAUUCAACAAUUUUCUUCAAAUGAUUUAAAUGUCUAUUUACAAGAUUUAAUCAAUCAACUUUUAUACAUUAAAGAAUCUGGCAAUUAUAUAAAUAUUAAGUCAUUUCUAUCGAAAUAUUUUGAACAUGUUAUCAAUGGAACACAUAUUCUAUUUCGAGAAUUUCAAUAUAUAUCAGCUAAUUCAUAUAACAGAUUAACAUUUUUAUUUAAUUUAUGGAAUACUUUCCAUCAUUCAUUCAAAGAUAAAAAAUUUAUAAAUGUUUUAAUGAAUGAAUUUACUGAAAAUGACGAAUCUCAUGAAAACAGUUUGAUGAUAUUGAACAAAAGAAAAAAGAUCAAAUCUGUAGUGAAUAAAUCAGACAUUUCCAGUGAUGACAAUAAGCAUUCUCAUAAAUCAGUGGCUUCUGAAUGUUGUUUUAAUAGGAACAUAUUGAUUAUUAAUUUACCAGAUAAAUAUGUAGAUUCAGCGAGAUUUCUCAAAUUCACACGUGAUUUAUAUGCUGAAUCAAUUUUGGUACUGCCGCCAAAAUCGAUUGUACACAAAUAUGCUAAAACAUAUCUAUUUCAUUCGGAAUUGAAUCUUUAUGGUUUAUUCUCAUCUUUGGCAACAGAUCAAUUGCUAAUGAAGGAAAUAGGAUUUCCUCCAGUUUAUGAAUCUUGAUGAUUGUGAAUCGAAAGAAACGAACAAUCAAACAAACAAACAGAGUUUUAGCAAUUCCAUAGGUUUAUUAUAAAAAGAAAUACACUAUGAACUAGCUAGGUAUUUUUUAAAUUUGUAAACAAUAGAAUCACGUGUGUAUUGUUAUUAUUAUGUAACCCGAUCAAGAUAAUAUACAAAUUAAAAUGCAAGUUUCAUUUUCU